GGUGUCCUACGCUGAUCCAGCUGAUGCCCCCACGCGUAAAUGGAAGGCUUUUACGCACCGCGCGUGUUCACUUCCAAAGACGUUUAACUGUUGUUUUUGCAUUGUCACACGCCACGCCUGGUCCAUAAGUAGGCCUCAGACACUGGGGGUGUGCUGUGGAGAUGUAAGGGAUGCGGUAAUACCUACUACAUAAUAGAGGGGGGGGGGUAAAAGGCGAGGCGUGCGUCCGGACGCUCACCGCCAACUAAACGCGAGAGAGACUCAGAUAUCAAUAACAUCUCGCUCAUCAAUAAGACAUUGUGAUGGAGUUAGACUGCUUAAUUAAAUAGGUUGCCUUGAAGGUAUUGGGCUUUCUGAAUUUAUAAUAUUUAAUCUAAUGACCCUCAAUGGAGAACAUCUGAAGGACGACUCUUCAGCAUCUUCAUCCAAAGAAAAGCGGCUCUGUCGGACAGAUACUAAGACUUGGAGAUUUUUUUUUUUAUCUCUCAGUGAUGGCUAUCAACACUGAUGCUGCCUAUGCGAAAAGCGCCCUCGGCGAGAGGGAAGUUUCCAAUCCCACCGACUUUCAGGACACAGAGAAGCUGCUGAGCACCGCGACCACUGAGCCCACCGGGCAGAGCAACAUCAAACCGUCCGACUCCUUCUCCCUCAACAUCAGAGGGAGCGUCCGGUCCCUGGAUGCUGACCAGAACGGACACAGAUCACCGCUGAAGUCGGGCUCCAUCGGGCAUCUGGCGACCCCACCCAAAUCCUUGUCCCGUCUCAGCCUGGGUCCACAGCCCUCCCCGGUGCCGUCCGGGUCCGUGCCCCCGAGUUACCUCUGGCUCGCCGUUUUGUCCUGUUUCUGCCCCGCAUUGCCGCUCAACAUAUGUGCCUUGUGGUAUGCAAAUGUGUCGAGGUCUGUUCUGCAUACAGGAGAUAUUGAAGGAGCAAGGAAGUUUGGCCGUCGUUCUAUGCUGCUCAGCUGUCUGGCAAUGCUGCUGGGUGUGGCUGUCAUCAUCUUCAUAGUGUUUACAAUAGAGACCCAAAAAGACCCAAAAUGAAUUGUGGGUUGGAAGGAGUCUCCUUUAACUUCACCUGAUCUCAAAUUUGCAAAGACCAGAAGAGGAGGAGGAAUGUCGUUUUGAAGAUAAAAAAAAGCACAACAUCUGAGUUAAAAACAAGAUGAAGAGACUCUAAUGUACAAGUUGUGCUUUUUUGUUGUUGCUAUGGACAAAAAAAAAGAGCAGUCUCAUGUCAAAUAACCCCACAAACUCAGGAACAAAGAAAGCAAAUGAAAGCUGCACACAGUUGUUGUGUUGGAUCAACAGCACAUACUGUGGAGAAACUACUCAUAGUCCAAACUAGAGGUGCACUGAUGUACACACAUGCCUGACACACAGACAGAGAACUGCGUUUUGCUUAAUAAAAAUGGCAAUCAUUAGAUAAGAGGAUGUCCUAAAGAAAACAUGUAGACACCAUCUACAUAAAAAAACAACACGUAUAAGAUAAGUACAUGAUGUGAAGAUAAAUAAAAACCUCCUCAUAAUCAGAGGAAUCAGUGCACCUCUAGUCUGUAAUGCUGCCACUGGCUGCCGUUUCUCUAACAUUUGCAACAAAGUACAGACUGACUGUGGGAAGAUGUAUAUAAUGAUUUCAUACACAGUCUAAAGUUUACGUUCACCACAACAACGCCCUACGGCAGUCAUAGUGUAAUAUCUUGCUUUGCGUGCUACUAUGACAAUCUGAUUUCUGUUCGGACUGAACUGCCUCAAUGCGUUUACAAUAUACUAGAAAAAGAUGAAUGGGGUUGUUCUCCCUGUAUGCACUGUUCUUGGCACUCUGAUGUUGAUGUUUAUACAUUUAUACUGUAUGACUGGUUUACCGUGCCAUAGUUCUGCAUGUAGUAAAUAAACUUGAAUGAGCAUGACAAACUUAAACUCAUCACCUUUA